ACAAUUGUUUUGCUAAUUGUAAACACCCUAUAUAAAUUGAAAGUCCUAAGGUAGGCUGGUAAUUUACCAAAGAAAGACAAAAAGUGGUUUGCAGAUUGAAGCUGGCAUCACAAUGUCUUCUGGCUGGGAUAGCAGUGGGGCAAGCUUCUUCAUGUCUAACCCCAAUCUCACACUAACUGAGCUUUUGGAUUUAGGCUUUGUAGCUACAGUGCAUGGCAAUUCUUCUCCCUAUAGUCCGCAGCUUGGGCAGUGGGACCACAGGAUAUGUCCAAAGUCUGGAGGAUCCCCAUUCUUUAUCAAAGCAUCAGAAUCAACAUCACUAGCAAGUGGAAGAAAUCUUUGGCUGGGAGCAGAAGAUGUUGGACAAACAGUAUGCAGGUCCCCACUCAAUCCUGACGGUCCAGUCUUUGAACAGUCCUCCUUGGCUUCUGAACCUCUUAACCAAUUUAAUAACUCAAUAGUGGGUGUUUUCUAUGGUGCCAAAGUGUCCACACCUUAUAAGAAGGAAGAGAGCUUGGAGACCGCUGACCAGUCAGUAGAUGUUACUAUAUCAAAACUGCAAGAAUCAGAGGUAGUUGUCAAUGUAACAGGACUUCAGAAGUCUGUUCCUCCAAUGUGGGAGAUCUCUGAAAUAAACUCUGCAUUAGAAGACAAUAGUCCUUCAUUAGAAGUUUCCAUUUCAGACUUGAGAUUUCCAAAUGGCUCUAGUGAAUGUGAACAGUCUUUGCCUGCCCAGCUAUCUGCUACUCCUUUUGCCCAGUGGGUGGGUAUCAAGAACAAGGAUGUAGGGCGCUCUUUUCUUCAACCUUUCCAUUACCAGCGCCAGUUAAGUGCUUCGGAGCUCCCAAUUACUAACCUAGCACCCCCUGUCUGCUCUUUUAAGUCCUCUGCAGUGUCCCCUGAUACGAUGGACUGGCAGCUUGAGAUGACUACCUAAACCAGAAGGAAGCAAACUUUUGGCACAAAGAGGCAGCGCAUUUGCUAAGUAACCAAAUACUGGGACACAAUGUCCUGAGACCUUACAAUCUGUAUACAAUAAAUUGUGUUUUAUUUAUCUUCAUUGUAUUUGGAUAGCAUUAAUAAAGUAAAACUGUUAAACAA